UCAGCACUGUAACAAUCUUCCACUUCAACCCGUUACAUUAAACGGCAACUCCUAUCCCCAAAACGACACCAUCACUUAACACCCAGUCCCAAUCGUUCUACGUGCCCUGCUCUGGUCAUCUUUUGUGGAUAGGUGGAAAGAAAUCUUCUCCACGUGCUGCGCGUGUAAAACACACGUGGAGCAACAAAACUCUGACACGUCAUAAUUCAUGAUCCGACCCGAAUAAACAAUCCAUAAUCCAUGAUCCAUGUUCCCUCGGAUAUGCCAAGCAUCUAUUAUGUCUCAAAAUAGGAUAAGAAUGCUCACCAUGUAAUGGAAAUUAGUUUCUUCGAAUAUUCUGCAGAAAAUUCUUUCAAUUCACAGAAUUCCGUUAUCCUCUUCUUCAAAAGCACCACCAUUUUCCCAUGACAUGACUCAACCUUCAAAUCCAAACAACCCUUCAAUCAAAGUUUUCUGAGAAACUCAACAUUUUUACUUCGAAUCAAUGACGGGUCUUGCAAGAAAGAAGCGAGUCACUGACCCGUUCGACGAUGAGGCCAGAGCUCGACUCGUUGGCGCCGAUCACCGGCAACUCAGUUCCUUCAGCUGCGGAAGUGAACAUUCCGGCAACGGCGACGGCGAAGGCGACGCCCUUUCCCUCUCUGAUCUCGUGCAUGGUUUCCUCGAAGAAGACGGCAAUUUUGGUGAUGACUCGGUGGUUAACGAGUUCGACUCGGACCGAGUGGACUCGGCCGAUGACUUUGAUGACUCGGUUGAGGACUCGCUCCGGUGGAGAAGUGUAAUUUUUGCGCUUUCUAACAAUGUUGAUCCUUAUAGGAAUAAGCUUCUCGCGCAUGUUUCUGAGGCUGCUGACAUGUUCGCGUUUAUGAGGGAGCGAAACGUUUCCGUUUUCCGGCGAGGGGUUGUGGCGUUUCUUAAAGAGAAGGGGCACGACGCGGCGGUUUGCGAGACCACGUGGGACUCUUCCGCCGCCUCCGGCGGCAGGGUCCCCGCCGGGAGCCACGAGUUCAUCGACGUGGUCCAAUCAGGAUCGUCCACGUGGAGGUACUUCGUGGACCUCGAUUUUCGCGCGCAGUUCGAGAUUGCCCGGCCGACGAGGCAGUUUUCGGAGAUCCUGAGGUUAGUUCCCGGCGUGUUCGUCGGAAGAUCGGAGGAAUUGAAACGCACAGUUUCGAUCGUCUGCGACGCUGCAAGGCGGUGUUUCAGGAGUAGUGGGCUCCCGGUCCCACCAUGGAGGAAAAACCGGUUCAUGCAGAAUAAGUGGUUCGCGUCGUAUCGGCGAACCGCGAACCCGGUUCAGGAAAACCCUGUGCCGGUGGCUGUAACUGCAGUGAACGGCGUUAGUUGCAGGUUAGUGGGGUUCGACAACGUCGUUUUGGAGGCGAGACGUGGUGGUGGCGUUGUUCGUACAAGAUGUUAGAAUUAGAACGGAUGAAUAGUGUGAUUUUUUAAAUAAGAACAAUUAAAUUUUGUUUUUGGCUUAAUUAUUGAAGGGUUGAUUUUGUAAAAUUUUAAAUCCCUUCUUUUUUAUUGUCAGUUAAAUAAUAAGUUUUCCUGGUA